CAACAAUCUUUUUCCUGUCAUCGUCACUGCUGAUGUCGUCUGAUUAGUCGGUUGUUAUUUUUCAAUACAUCGCGAUAUUUAUUUUUCUCCUUCACCAUAUUUAUCCCCCACCCCACCACCACCACCACUACCACCAACCACUACCUACCUACUCUCUCUCUCUUCGUCUUGGGAUCUCUACCAGCCCAUAUGUCAUUCACAUAACUUAUCAAAGCCCUCCUGGGACCAAUACCAACCUGUACACAUGUCAAGUACAUAACUAUCGAAGCAAAUAUUUGAAAAAAAAAAAAUGGGUCAGACGAUGUUUUUCUCUCUAUGCUUUGGUUUUCUGGUUGUUGCGAUUAAGGGCCAAAUCUCGACCCCUCAAAGAGUCGUUGUGACUGAGGAUACUGAGGUUAACGAUUCCGCUACCGUGACAACACAAACUUUGACAGAAUCACAGACUGGAGGCAGAACGCUGGAUGUUCCAACAGGCGUAACCAAUUCUGAUAUCGAUUCUUCGACAACGGAGCCAGAGGAAAGUGAUUCCGUCACAGGAACGCAACAAAACCAGUCCAAAGCAUUCGCAAACACAAAAGUCGUUGAAUCUACUGCAGCAACUACUAGUACCAGUAAUACAAAUUCUACUAUGGAUACUAGUACAGAUACUAACAACAACAACAACAACAAGAGCAACCCCAACGCCACUAGUAACAGCAGAGUUAACUCCCUUGAUCUUAGUUCUGUUAGUGCAACCAUUCUUGAUAUCAACGACUCUGCUAAGGAAGCCGUGUUUACCACCGUUGAUGUUGGUGUCACUACAACAACUACAACAGCAUCAACAGCAACAACAACAACAACUACUACUACUACUGCUGCUGUUACAACAAAGAUUGCAUCAAAUGGCGAAAUUGUUGUCUCCACCAGACUGCCCACCAAUGAACUAGUCCAAAGACCCACUGGCUUCUCCGUUACUCGCAUUCAAACAGCACUACCAACUCCCCCUAUCGGUGUAGAACCAAACAAAGAUCAGUUUAUGUGUUACCAUGGCAACUGUACAGAUUACCAAUGCCACAAAGCCGUUAAGAUUUACUCCAUGUUCCAUAAAGUGCCUUGUGUGGGAAGGAAGUGUCAGAUAGAAAUUCUUCAGCGAGAAGAUUCUUUCUUCAUCAAAUUCCAGUGCCUUAACAAUUCUAAAGAAUGUCCCUGCCUAUCGAAGGUACCAAAUCUACAGAAAAUGUGCUGCAAGACAUCUCUAUGUAACAACCACACACUUAUGUGUCUUGCAUCAUCAUCAUCGUCAUCUGCGACAUUUGUCUGGAAGAAUCCGAACCUUAUUCGAUCUCUGCUCCUUCUGUUCUCCUUCUACCAACAGCAUUGACUGAAUAUCGGUUACCAGUUUCGGCUAGUAUGCCUCUGUGUGUGUGUAGGAUGGGGGCGGUUGUAAUUGUAUGUGAUGUGCGUUUGUGAGUGUGUGUAUGCGUGUGUGUGUGCCUAUGUUUGUGUGUGAGGCUUUGACGUACUUGUGCCCUAUUCGCCUCUCAUCUUUUCGGGGUCGAUUAAAUAAGUACCAGUUCCGCACUGGGGCCGUUGUAAUCGACUUAAUCUCUUCCCCCAGAAUUUCAGGCCUUGUGCCUACAGUAGAAAGAAUUAUUAUUAUUAUUAUUAUUAUUAUUAUUAUUAUUAUUAUUAUUAUUAUUAUUAUCAUUAUUAUCAUCAUCAUCAUCACAGACGUCGCACAGUAUACAAUACUUUCACACAUUUUUGUGCAUACACUCAUACACAUAGUUAUAUAAACAAUCACACAUACUUAUAUUCGCACACACAACACAUACACACAACACACACACACACACACACACACACACACAUAUAUAUAUAUAUAUAUAUAUAUAUGCAUACUUACACACACACACACAGACACACACAUAUACAAAGAAGUAGAAACACAAUCCCAGUACAACACCAGAGCAAACGUAUACAUCACAAUAUGGCCGAAAGAAAGUAUUACAUAUGUCAGACGUUACAGUUUAUCAGAAUAGAUAUUGGCAGGAUGUCAGAGGAACUGAAGACAAAUUAGGACAAUUCCAUCGUCCUGGGAUUCCGAUUCGCAAACACUGAAGAAGUCCCUUGGCAUAUUUUGAAGUUUCCCGACUUGUUUUUCACUAUUUUCUUUAGUUCCCAUCAAUACUGGUUGCUAUUUCAAAUCUAGAUAUUUGCUGUUACUUGGCCGACUGAACUCAAGGAGUGGCAACAUUAAGACAUUGGAAUAUACACCUGUGCGUGCGUGCGUGUGUGUAUGUGUAUAUGUAUAUAUAUAUAUAUAUAUAUAUAUAUAUGAUUAGAAGUAGUGUUAAACUCAUGAAGGGAUG